AUGGCGUCGAGUUCAGACGAAGGCGAGAUCAUGGAGAAUGACGCCGUGGAAUUGAAGGCAUCUUCACUGCCGAAGAAGUUUGAAGGAAACGGUGUUGACCGUCAAGACAGAACCCGAAAUAGAUACCCGGCCUCCAAAUCUCCUGAGCACGACAAUGCCGCCAGGCACUACAACCCUCCGAGACGGAGCCGCUCUCCCCCGCCACGCGGCUUUAAGCGCCCCCGCGACGAGCGCGACUACAUUGGCCGAGGACGACAGGACACGCGACGCUUCCGUGUGCACUACGAGGACGGCCCACGAGACGACUACCGCCGCUCUCGCGUUUCUUACGAAGACCUGGAUCGCCCCUCCUCCCGUGGCUCGAACCACAGUUACGACGGCCGUGACAGGAACCGAAGCCGCGAUAGAGAUACAUAUCGGGAGAGAGACAGGGAGCGCGAUCGCGAUCGAGACCGUUACCCGGAUAAGAGGCCGCGCAAUCGCACCAAAUCACCGUACCGUCCCCCGCACCACGACCGAGGAGGCCGGGAUGAUCACUACGGCAGAGAUGGCGGGCGCGAUCGCCUUGCCGACUCGUUUCGUGGCUUGAAGUACGACGACCACCGAGACCGAGACUCGCGGAAUGGGAACACGCCAUCGAACGGGGCCGCUGUAGGAAAGGAUUCUCGUGCUGCCAGAGACAAUGCUAAACCUGUGAAACACUCUGCAGACGACAGGAAAUCUGCUGCGUCUCCCUCUCGAGACCGGGCCGCGCCACAGGUGGUUGAGCCUGAACAUGACUAUGACGAGCCUGAUGAGCCAAUGGUCAUUGACGAGGAGGCCGAGAUUGAGCGUCGGCGCCGGCGCCGUGAUGAGUUGCUUUCAAAGUCCAACUCAGCGACUCCGCUGCUCGUUCAUGCGCUGCACGCGUCUGACAAGCCGGCUGUUGCCUCCCCCUCACGAGAAGUCACACCAGGCACACCAGGAACAGGUAAGAAACCCAACUCCUUCUCCUCUCCCGGCCCCGCUAAGUCUUCAGAUUUCGGAUCACCCGCUCAAGAAGGGAGCUCGCCUGGUGCUAUUGAGAUCGUGAACGAGAGCGACCUCAUGAACACCCACGGAGGCGGAGAAGUCACUGAAGAAGACGGCCCCUCAGCAGCGGAUUACGACCCCACCGUUGACAUGAAGGAAGACGAGAGGCGCGACGAGAUGAGACACGGUCAUGUUGGUGUGCACGGCGAAGCUCCCGAGGCGCAGACCGAGGCGCAGCCCCAAGAACAGCCCCAGGAAGCACCAUCGAAGAAGCCCACGGGCGACGAUGACGACGACGAUUUUGACAUGUUUGCCGAAGACUUCGACGACGAGAAGUAUGCUGCUCCCAAUCCUGCCAACGUGGCCGUCGUGGAUGAGACCAAAGCUUCGCCCGCUCUCGCUCCGCCCAACGGCGCCAUCCUCGAGGGCGACGACAAGGAUGGCUACUACAAGAUUCGCAUCGGUGAGAUCUUGAACGGCCGGUACCAGGUCCAGUCCACCCUGGGUAAGGGCAUGUUCUCCGGUGUCGCGCGGGCCGUCGAUAUUACGAAUAAGAAGCUGGUCGCCAUUAAAAUCAUGAGAAACAACGACGCCCUGAGGAAGGGUGGGUUCACCGAGAUAGCCAUUCUGCAGAAGCUCAACGACUCGGACCCUGAGUGCCGCAAGCACAUUGUCAAGUUUGAGCGACACUUCGACCACAAGGGCCAUCUGUGUAUGGCGUUUGAACACCUCAGUCUGAACCUGCGAGAAGUACUGAAGAAAUUCGGGAAUAACGUCGGCAUCAACUUGGGUGCGACGAGGGCAUAUGCUCACCAAAUUUUCAUCGGCCUUGCUCACAUGCGGAAAUGCAGUAUCAUCCAUGCCGAUCUCAAACCUGACAACAUCUUAGUCAAUGAAAGCCGAACCGUCCUCAAGAUUUGCGAUUUAGGCACCGGUAUCGAUAAAUCCGACGCCGCGACGGUACACAACGAGAUCACCCCGUACCUUGUCAGUCGCUUUUACAGAGCACCCGAGGUUAUCCUCGGAAUGCCCUACGACUAUGCCAUCGACAUGUGGUCCAUCGGCUGCACGUUAUACGAGCUGUAUACGGGCAAGAUCCUCUUCGCCGGCGACAGCAACAACCAGAUGCUCAAGACCAUCAUGGAGAUCCGCGGAAAGAUCACGCCCAAGCUUUACAAGCGAGGUCAACUGUCAGCGAUGCACUUUGACGAGCUGGGCAACUUUGUCAGCAUGGAGAGGGACAAGGCGCUUGGAAAGACAACCGCCAGGGUCCUGCCCAUCGUCAAACCGACGCGUGACCUGCGCACCCGCCUCUUCGCCGCAUCGGCGGGAAUGAACGACGCUGAGACCAGGGAUCUCAACCACUUUGUCGACCUGCUCGAGCACUGCCUGACGCUCAACCCGGAAAAGAGAAUCAAGCCUGCCGACGCGCUGAAGCAUCCCUUCUUCACGUCGAGGGUUGCCCCGCCGAAGCGGUAG